AUGUGCCUGGCCCAACUUUUCGUCAAGAUGAAGACCUUUACCUCUGUGGCUCUUUUCAGCCUUGUCAGCAUCGUUGCGGCUUAUCCCGCCGUGCAGAGCAUCUAUGCGCGCGACUGCCAACCCGGCCACGUCGUCUGCCAGGGCGAGGCCAUGUUUGGCCUUUGCGACCUUGACGGCAAAGCCACCUUCAUGAGCGUCGCCGCGGGUACCAAGUGCGUCUGCUCUGGAAGCGACUGCACGAUUGUGGGCCUCGACGGUCCGCCUCAGCCCUCUCAGGGAGCUCCUGCUCCCGCUCCCGCGCCUACCUCGCAAGCUCCUGCGCCGCCUUCGCAAGCCCCGGCUCCUCCUCCGCCCUCCCAGCCGGCUCCCGCGCCCACGCAGUCUGCCGCUCCUGCCCCUCCUGCCGCCACUUCGACUCCUGGCGGCGUCUUCCAGGAACACCCAACUGUCACCCUACCCAGCGCCGCUGGGCCUACCGCUUCGGCGGCGCCCUCUGGUGGCUCUGGUGGCUCUGGCGGCUCUGGCGGCGGCGUCGACAUUGGCGCCGGCAAGCCCUACUUCAAGACGUUCGUCGGCAAGGGUGAUGCCUCGGCCGGCUGGCCAGAGCAGAGCUCGUGGGCCAGCUUCGAGUCGGCGUGGAAGGCCAACCUCGAAAAUGUCAUCAGCAAGUCGUGCGCCGGCUUCCAGCAGGUAAACAACUCGCCCGCCGAGAGCGCCGACAUCAAGUCGGCCAUUGAAAGCGUCUCCCAGUCGUCGGGUGUCGACGCCCGCUUCAUCCUCGCCAUUCUCAUGCAAGAGUCCAACGGCUGCGUCCGCGCGCCGACGACGAACUAUGGCGUCACCAACCCGGGCCUCAUGCAGUCGCACAACGGCGCCAACUCGUGCUUCAACGUCAACCCCUGCCCCAAGGACAAGAUUAAGGGCAUGAUUGAGGACGGCGUCUUGGGCACCUCGUCGGGCGACGGCCUCAAGCAGCUCCUCGCCAAGGCGGGCGGAAACGACGCGACGGCCUUUUACAAGGCCGCCCGCAUGUACAACUCGGGCUCGGUCGACCCCAGCGGCGACUUGGGCGCGGGCAUCGCCACGCACUGCUACUGCAGCGACAUUGCAAACCGCCUCAUUGGAUGGUCCUCGGGCGUCGGCGGCUGCCACAUGUAA